ACUGCUGCAGGCUAAUGGUGACAUGAGCGCAGCAUCUGCUCGCAUAGCGGCUCACGAAGAGGAAAUCCGAAAUAAGGAGGCGGAGAUCGGGAGCCAACUCAUUCCACCUCCGCCGGGAUCGCAAGCAUCGAUUAAAGAUCUCAGAGACGACAAUUCAUCACUCCGCGGAUUCAUCGACGAUCAACGGCUUGAAAUCGAAAGUUUGCGGAGGUUCAAGAGAGAACUCAAGGAAAAACGCGAACUAUGCUUGGAGCUGGAGACAGCUCUUCAACGGAAAGUGGCCGACAACGAAAUGCUCAACGCGAUUCUCCGUAACAGAGACGAAACUAUAAGAGAAUUAACCACAGUUGCAGACGAAAGCGACAGAAAAAUAUCGGCCCUGAGAUCAGAGUUGGAGUGGCGGCUGAGAGGCAAUGAAUUGCUCCAAUGGAAAGUACAAUGUGAUAAUGCAGCAGCACAACAGUCGAAUUCCCCCGGCAGAUUGCGCAAGUCCUCCAGCGCAAAGAACAUCGCCGACUUGAUGUCAGCACAAGCUUUCGUCACCCCAGUUCGAACAAGGUUGAAUCGCGAGUUUUCCAACAGCUGCGCGGACUCUUUGGCUGACGAACUCCCUGACUGGGUAGGUGGGCAAGAACCCAGUCGUGUCCUAAGCGAUUAUAGGAUAAGCAACGGCGGAUUGGCGUACAAAAUCCUCGACAACACCCAGCCCAUCAGUCCUCGAGGUCUGAAAAUGCAACAGCGAGUAGUGCAAACGGGCAAAGGUUCUCUGAGCAUUCGAACUGUGAAGAAGCGCUACAGCAUGAGCGAUUCUCAUCGACCCUCACAUGCUGCUCGCAUCCGCAAUCAGAACAACCGCCACAGCAUAGAAAUUUUCUGUAGGCAGUGAGAAAUCCGUUUUUUUUUUUCUAAUCCGAGAAUGGUAUGUUGUAGAUGUCCUUUUGCACGCGGAAAAAACAUGGUGGCUCUCAUUAAUUAAAGCGUACUCUAUAUUGUUGUGAAUGAAUGAUGAAGAGACAAGAAUUUUUCACGAACA